ACUGUAAAAGCUACAAAGGCAAAGAACUAGCCAUUUGAUAACAAGCAAUGGAUGGAGAAGAGAAAACGUACGGUGGCUGUGAAGGCCCCGAUGCAAUGUAUGUGCAGUUGAUAUCCUCUGAUGGUCAUGAGUUCAUUGUUAAACGAGAGCAUGCACUUACAUCAGGAACAAUAAAAGCUAUGUUGAGUGGUCCCAGACAAUUUGCAGAAAAUAAAACAAAUGAAGUCAAUUUUAGAGAGAUUCCUUCUCAUGUCCUAUCCAAAGUAUGCAUGUAUUUCACCUACAAGGUUCGCUACACUAACAGCUCCACAGAGAUUCCUGAAUUUCCAAUUGCCUCUGAAAUUGCACUGGAACUGCUGAUGGCUGCAAACUUCUUGGAUUGUUAAAUAAAAUAAAUUAUAAU